AUUUUGAUUUCUGGUCAUCACUUGAUCCUUUUUCAUGAUUAAAAUUGUGAAUUUGGCGCCUGUCUUUGUAAAAAAGAAACUGAACUUUUGACAUCUGUCAGUCAAAAAUUGUAGAAUAAAGAAAUUAUCUUUUAAUGCGUGAUGUGAUUUGUAAAUAGUGAUAAGAGUAAAUGUUUAUUAGUUGAAAACAAGUAAUUUAAACCUAGAAAAAUUUAUGUAACAUGCUUAAAGGUUUCAAUAUUUUCCAGAAGGAAAAAGAAAUGGACAGGGGUUCUUAUGAGAAAUUAUCAAUAAGAGAUUCUGCUAGAUCUCUUAAAAAGUACGGUAGUACUAGUAGUAAACAUGUGACUAGAAAUGAGAAUUAUAUAAAGCAUUUUGUAACACAGUAUGAUACAUUGCAAGGGAUUGCAUUAAAAUAUAAUGUUACAAUUGAGCAAAUACGUAGAGCAAAUAGGUUAUGGGCAUCUGAUAGCCUAUUUUUGAAAGAGUUCCUUUUAAUUCCUGUACAAGAUAGUAAUGGUAGUAAUAGUGAAACUGUUUCUAGUCCUGUGGAAGUUAGAUCUUCUCAGGUUACAUCUCCUUCUUCUACAACAUGUGGUAGUUUUGAUAAUGAUGAUAUAAGUGACUUCCUUAGCAAAAUAGAUGCAUCUAUUGCAAAUACCAAAGAAGAUGUUAAAAAAACUCAGACCAACAGCGAAUUUGGAUUGAAUAUGGGUUUUGAAAGUGAAAGAAGAAAACCAAUAGUUUCUCGAAUGAAACAAAGUGUGAACAAUAACAGUUCUAAUAGUGAGUUGUAUGGUUCCGCACAGGCAGUAGUGAUUCAACAAGGUAAAAAAGUACGGACAUCUUUAAAACAUCAUGAAAAACAACAGGAUGAAUUGUUUGAAUUGUAGCUAAAAAUAAUAACAAUUAAAAUUAUAUAGGUAAAUUUUGCAGUUGAACCUUUUGUUUUUCAUAUGAGAAUUAGUUUUGUUUGAUGAUCCUAAAAUGAUGUGUUAAAUAAUUUAUUUAAGAUUUUUAUGACAAUCCAGGCGUUUAAAUGGUUUAUUUUAUGCACAACAAAUAAAAUUUUGAUUGCAGUACUAAAAAUAAUCCACUGGGAAUAUGGAUUAAACUUGUUACAUAAUAAUUUGUAUUAAAAAAUCUAAUUUAAAGAAAUACCCAUAAUAAAUGUUGUGCAAAUGUUUUUAAACCACUAAACCAAGAAUUUUUUUGAUUUACAGGUUUGUUUAAUUUAUAGGAUUCUUAACUAGUGGACUUUAAAAGUUACAUAGUUUCAUUAGGCUGGCACAAGAAGACUAAAUACAGGAGUAAUUUGCUAGGUGGGGCCACAUCAAAAAACGUACAUAUUAUGCUUCACACUGAAAAGUAUCACCUUGAAAUAUAAAUACAAAUAAUUGAGAUAAUCUAUCUGUCAGCGCGAAUUUUUUCUCAUUUUUUGAAAAUAAUACAAUAUGUAUGUAUUUUUUUGGCUAAAGUCUUAAUUUAGAACACAAAAAAAUAUAUUGUAAAACAUUACCAAGUCAUUUUCAAAAACGAUUUUUUAAGAGCUUCUUAAAAGCUUCUUAAAAGCACUGAAAACGGUGCGUCUAAGAAUUCUUAGUAGGUAUUCAAACACAUUUAUUGUAUUAUUUAAAAAAAAAUAAGACAAAAGUAGCGUUAAACUGACAGAUAGAUAACUUUAAUUAUUUCUAUUCAAAUGUCAAGGUGGGACCAUAACAUAACAUAUAUAUUGUAAAUAACACAGCACUUUGCGCAUCCGUAGUCUUCUCUGCGCACGCUAUUUGGCGUAAUAUGCCUGUGGUUAAGAGUUUCUCUGAGUAACAUACUCCUCCUGAAUUUAGUCUUUUUGCUUGGUCUAAAUUAAGAAUUCAAUAAUAAUAAUUAUUAUUUUAGAUAAUCCUGUUAAUGCCUUAUUAAAUAAGGCAUGUAAAUCAGUAGGUUGCAUUGACAUAUUGUCUUUGGAUAACAGUGAAUUAAUAAUAUAUGUUAUAUAUGCUGAAUACACAAUAAUUGGUGUUGUUUAUUUAUGAAUAGUGUAACACAUACAUAAAUUAAAUAUGCUUUGUUUAGUGCACAAAAAAUUCCUAUUGGAAAUAAAAAUUUGUUGAUUAUAAUGGAGGUAUUAUAAGAACAUACCUAGUCCAAAAUUAGUUUUUCGUUUUUGUACAUUUUUACUGUAUAGGCAUUUUUUUUACCAAAUUUAUAUUUGGACCAAUCAUCCAUAAACAUUUUUUGUUUAAUUUUAUAAAUCAUCAGAUCUCAAUACAGUAAAAAAAACAUGCUCAAUAAAAAGUAGAGUAGUAUCAACCUAUCCAGCUUACAGGCAAUAUUAAAACAUAUUUUUUUACUGUAUCAGUGAUUUUUUUUCUUUUAAGGUGCAUUCUAAAACCUAUACCAGAAAACGUCAGUGCUUAUUAGAGAUAUUUUCACUAACCAGACGAAAAAUAUUUUAGUAUUUAUUUUUAUGUCAUUUUUCUGUUAUUUUCAUAACAGGAACACACAUAAUAUGUUAUAUAAUAUUAUAUUAUAAUGUAUGUAUAAUAUAAUAGAAAGGAAGCCUAAUAAUUAACUUACUCAUUUUUAUAUACAUAUACAUAUAUACUUAACUUAAGUUCGUUUUUAUCUGGACUUUGAAAGUAUCAAAAGUUUUGAAAACAAUAAAGAUAAAAGUAAAUUUCAUUUAUAUUUGUAUACAAAACUUUUAGUUUUUAUCCUUACCAAGUUUUUUGUAUAGAAACGUUUUGUUUUAUUUCAUACAAACAUAAAAUAUUUUCUGUUAAUUUAUAAUUUUACUAAACAUGUUAUUUUUAAAAGCGUCAAAGUCCAAAUAGUUAAAAUUUUAUAUAAAUAGCUGUAUUUAAUCUCAAUAUUAUGAUAAGUAACUUUUUCAAGAUGUAGUAUUGUUCUUUGUCUAUUAUUAUUAGAGAUGUAAAAAACUUUUUUUUUUAGAUGAAAAAAACCUUUAUUUUUUUUCGUUUUUUUUUUAAAUCCGCCACAAUAAUUUACAAUGUCCAAUUUUGAGCAAUAAUUACCUACUGGAACAACGUCAUUAUUGUUUUUCCAUUAAAAAAGCUUGUAGGUAAAUCUUGCUUUUUUUCAUUUGCUUAGAUAAAAAAAAAUUGUAUUCCUUUGAAAUUGAUGUUUUUUUGCUGUUAACUUGUAAACGUUGAUUUAAGUCAACUAAAUUUAAAGAAAAAAAGUAAAUACAUUUAAAUAUCUAUAAGUACAUACAUUUAAAGUCAAAAUUUUGACAAUAUAUUUAAUCUUUAAAUAUUUUACAAAUUUUAAUUGUUUUUGGCACCUAAAAAAAUUUAAUGAGUGAAAAAACAUUAUAUAAUACAUAUAUGGUAUUUUUGCACAAGGGCAAAUACGCCAUUUUCCUGUUUUGAGAAAAACAAGUAUUUCUGCAUGACCUAGAAAAAAAAUUAACAAACUGGAAUUUAAAAACUUAUAUACAUUCGUCGUUUUGCUAGAAUAAUCCCACAUCAUGUACAUAUUGUUUGGUGCAUAAAGCCAAAAUCAUAAAUUUGAUGUAUUCACCCUUUUGCAAAAAUACCAUUGAUAUAUUGUAUAAAUAUUAUUAUUAUAUAAAACCAUUAAUCUGGUCAUUUUGCUAAAAUCUUAAAUUUUGAUGACUUAUUUUAAAGAUUCAACUAAACUAAAUUUCCUACAAAAAAUGUAUUUACUUUUUUUUUCUAAAGUCAACAGUUUACAAGUUUUUGCUAACAUUUAUACUUUACUGCUUAAUUAAAUUUGUUUUUUUUUUUUGUAAAAAGGGUCCAAAAGGCAAAACCUAUGCUUAAUUGGAUUAAUCCAAGAAAGUUUGGAAAUAAAACAAAAUGUGGAAAAAAACCGUUUGAACAAAAAACAGUGAAAUAGUAUGUUGCAUCUCUAAUUAUAAAUAAUAAUUAGGUAGCUAUAUUAUGUAAUUGUAAAUAUGUAUACAAUGAGAUUGUAUUAAAAUUGUGUAUUUUGUUACUUCUAUUCAAAUUUUAUUUAAAAUAUACCUAUAUCUUUUUUACAACACAAGCUUUAUUUUUACCAAACCUUGUAAUUACAAAAAACAACUUUAACAUUCAAUAUAUUUAUUACAACCUAUUAUUUUAUUAAUAAUUCCUUUAUUCUUUGGUCAUUUUUAAGUAUAUUGCUUCUUACAUGAAUUAUUUCAAUUUCCUGUUUUUUUAUUUCCUGUUGUACAUGUUCUAAUUGACUUAAAAGAGGUUUAUUUGACUCAUUUGAUAUC